AUGUCCUCCAAUGGAAACACGCACGGCAGUCGUGACGAUGCACCAUCGGGCGCAACGGGCGCUGUCCUCAAGCCCUCGGAUCCGGUCCCCGAAGGCGCUGUGCCCGUCCGAGGCCUAGAUUUCAAUGCAUACGCUGAUCGCAAUGUGACCGUCGCCGAGCUGGUGGAAGAUCUGACGAAUGUCGGGUUCCAGGCCUCCUCCAUUGGGCAGGCAGCUCAGAUAGUCAACGGAAUGGUAGGUACAAAGUUAUCGCGUUCUUGACUUCACUCUUCAUCUCGAGUCUCAUCACCCACCCACCCACAAUUGUUCAUCUCGGAUUCUGAUUGUUGAUUUUGCGUUCUUUUCAGAGAACUUGGUGCGACGCGGAGACGGGAGAAAAGACGACCAUCUUCCUCGGUUACACUUCCAAUCUGAUCUCAUCUGGUCUACGCGAGACCUUGAGGUGGUUGGUAGAACAUAAGCAUGUCUCAGCAAUUGUGACCACUGCUGGUGGUGUCGAGGAGGACUUGAUCAAAUGUCUCGGAGAAACAUACAUGGGGUCGUUUACUGCAGCCGGAGCUGCCCUGCGCGCCAAAGGCAUGAACCGGAUCGGCAAUCUAUUUGUUCCCAACGAUAAUUACUGCAAAUUCGAAGAUUGGCUGGUGCCAAUCCUUGACAAACUGCUGGAGGAGCAAGAGGCUACCAAGGGCUCGGAGGAACCGCUUAACUGGACGCCGAGCAAGAUCAUCGCAAGACUGGGCAAGGAGAUCAACGACGAGCGCUCUGUCUACUACUGGGCGUACAAGAAUGACAUUCCAGUGUUCUGUCCCGCCCUCACGGAUGGCAGCCUGGGUGACAUGUUGUAUUUCCAUACGUUCAAGGCAUCGCCACUGCAGCUCCGUGUCGAUAUUGUCGAGGACAUCCGCCGCAUCAACACCCUCGCAGUGCGGGCCAAACGAACCGGCAUGAUCAUUCUGGGCGGCGGCAUCGUGAAGCACCACAUCGCGAACGCAAACCUGAUGCGCAAUGGCGCGGAGAGCGCCGUGUACAUCAACACGGCCCAAGAGUUUGAUGGCUCAGACGCGGGGGCCAGACCGGACGAGGCUGUGAGUUGGGGCAAGAUCAAGGCAGAUGCUGCAAGCGUCAAGGUAUGUUCUGUGCCCAAGGCUUCCAGCUAGAUUGCAUCUUCUGACGUAUGUUGCGCAGGUGUACGCUGAGGCAACCGUUGCCUUCCCACUCAUCGUGGCGGCCUCUUUCGCCAAAGUGGAGAAGUAG